AUGAAGGAAAAGGCUUGCUUUUCCACUCCACUUACACCAGACUCAGGAAAGGGCACAAGCAGAAUGGUAAAGCGUAUCAUGCAAGGCUAUGACCUAGUAAAAGGGAAAUCAAAUCAUGCGAUGGAAGAUUGUUUAGUUUCCGAAUUCAAACAUGUAGACGACAAUGAUUUGGGAUUAUUUGCAAUUUUUGAUGGGCAUAUGGGUCAUGAUGUGGCAAACUACUUGAAAUUGCAUCUAUUUGAGAACAUUCUAAAGGAGCAUGACUUUUGGCUCGAUACAGAGAGUGCAAUCCGAAGGGCUUAUCAAAAAACUGAUAAGGAUAUAUUGGAGCAAUCAUUUCACUUGGGGAAAGGAGGCUCCACUGCAGUUACGGCAAUACUGAUCAAUGGCCAAAAGCUUGUAGUUGCAAAUGUGGGAGAUUCUCGGGCUGUUAUAUGCAAGAAGGGUGUGGCCAAACAGCUAUCAGUUGAUCAUGAACCGAGCAAAGAAAAACAUAUGAUUGAGAGCAAGGGUGGCUUUGUAUCAAACCUUCCAGGUGACGUUCCUCGAGUUGAUGGGCAGCUGGCAGUGGCGAGGGCAUUUGGCGACAAGAGCUUGAAGCGACAUCUCAGUUCAGAACCAGAUGUGAUAAUGGAGAUGGUAAACGAUGAUGUUGAGUUUAUCAUCUUGGCAAGUGAUGGUCUAUGGAAGGUGAUGUCAAAUCAAGAGGCAGUGGAUUCCAUUAGAAACGCAAAGGAUGCUCAGUCAGCAGCAAAGCGUUUGACAGAGGAGGCUGUUUUGAGGAAAAGCAGGGAUGACAUUUCCUGCAUAGUUGUAAGGUUUCAGUAG